AUGACAGAAUUGAAUGUGAAUGAAACUACAAGAUCAAUACGUUGGUUACACAACCAAUCUUUCUUUGCUGUGGCUCAACGUCGUUAUGUGUUUAUUUAUGAUGGUCAUCAAGGAACCAAACUUCAUCAAUUAAGAUCUCAUUUAGAAGUCACUCAAAUGGAAUUCUUACCAUACCAUUUCUUAUUAUCUACCAUUGUUUUACCUGGUUGGCUUAAGUAUCAUGAUACUUUUACUGGACAAAUCGUUUCACAACAUCGAACUAAAUUAGGUUCUUGUUAUACUAUGACUCAGAACCCGUUGGAUUUGAUUAUUCAUUUAGGUCAUCAGAAUGGAACGGUGACGCCUUGGAGUCCUAAGUGA